AUGCUUCCUCCGGCAUUGAAUAUCCCAAAAUGGCUCGAAGAGAAUUCACACCUCCUCCAACCCCCAGUCAAUAACUACUGUGUCUAUCACCCCUCAUCUCCGGCCACUGCCGGUUACACUGUGAUGAUAGUGGGCGGGCCAAACGCCCGAACAGACUUCCACAUCAACACCACACCCGAGUUUUUCUACCAAUACCGAGGAUCAAUGCUCCUUAAGACUGUCGAUACUUCCACCACACCUCCCACAUUCCAAGAUAUUCCCAUCCACGAAGGUUCGAUCUUCCUACUACCCGCAAACACCCCUCACAGCCCUGUGCGCUUUAAAGAUACCGUCGGUAUCGUUAUGGAACAGCCGCGGGCUGAGGGCGCAUUGGAUAUUAUGAGAUGGUAUUGCAGGAACUGCAAGGAAAUUGUCUGGGAGAAACAUUUCGUGUGCACAGACCUAGGGACGCAAGUCAAGGCUGUUGUCGAGGAGUUCACGGCCGAUGAAGAGAAGCGGAAAUGUAAGGGUUGCGGAGAAAGUGCAGCGACGAGGUACAAGGAUGGUGAGAUUGUCCAACCGUGA